GAGAAAGCAAAGGGGGAGAACAAGAGGGAGAGAGUUGGGGUUUGGAUUGUGCAGCAGCGGAAGAGGGGAGGGGAAAAGUUGGACACGGACAAUCUUGCAGUAACUUUUUUUCUUCUUUCCUUUCUCCGUGGAAGAAGCCUCAAAAAAAAAAGUCAACCAUACAAAAGACACACUGGAUUACAAUUCAAUCAUCGACCCACGAGAUUUUCCUGGAUAAUAACGCGUUUAUUUCCGGAUUCAUGUGGUCGCAAAUUUGUGGAUUAAUCAAUAGUUGAAGCUGGUGGUUGAGGUGACGUGAGGUGUUUUCGGUGGAGUGAAACCAUGUGGCUGCUCUGCUCCUCUCUGAUGCUGUUGGCGCUCAGCUUUGGAUCAUGUGACACGCUGAUAUCAGAGCAAGAAGAACCAUGCCCCUCCUUGGAAGUGGAAGAGUGGAAGUUUCCGCAGACGACCAGGCAGAAUAUCACAGGUUUUAAUCUGGUGAGGCGCUUUUCCCUGCUCAAGAAUAAAGAUGUCAAGAGGAUCCGUAACCCUCGAGGACCAACCAUCCUCCGCCUGGGAAAGACUGCACUCCUCCAACCGACUGAUCAGGUGUUUCCACAUGGCCUGCCUGAGGAGUUCACCCUGAUCUUCACCCUGGCGUUAAAGAGGGCUGCCCUGAGAGACACCAUCUACCUUCUCCAGAUCUCUGAUCAGCAGGGAUACCCACAGUUCUCUGUAGACCUCAACGGCCCCGAUGGCACCCUGUCCCUGCGCUCCAGGGGGGUAGACCCAGCAGCUGACCAGGUGAGCUGCGUCUUCACCGGGGAGGGAGUAGAGGCCCUGAUGGAUUUCAGCUGGCACAAGGUGGCCCUCAGCGUGCAACGAGGAGCUGCUUCCCUCCACGUGGAUUGCAACUCCAUUGAGACCAAACCCAUAGAGCCCCGCGGAGUCCUCCCCACUGAUGGACACACUCUGCUGGGCAUUCGGGCUUCAGAUGCUGGGCCUGCGCAGAUGGACAUUCAGCAGGUGAUGCUGUAUUGUGACCCCUUCCUCGCCCUGCAGGAGGCCUGCUGUGAGAUCCCUGGAGCACGGUGCCCACCAGAAACUCCAAAGAGUCGCCGUGCUGCUGAAAAUGACCUGUUGGAAAACACUUUUAACCAGGAUAUUUUUGCAAGAAAGGAUCUGGCAGAGAAAGUAGCUUCUGUGCUGAAAGGAGAAAAAGGCGACCGGGGUGACGGCUGUUCUGGCUCCCAUUCAGGUCCAUGCACAGAAGGACCCAAGGGCCAGAAGGGAGAGAAAGGCGAGCUGGCACUGCCCGCCAACUGGGGCGAAGCAACAGGGUACAAGGGAGCGAAAGGUCAGAAGGGAGAAUUCGGUGUUCAGGGACUCACGGGCACACCAGGGAGGGAUGGUCGGGCAGGGUCCGUCUGUGUCGUCGGCCCCAAGGGACAGAAGGGUACCCCAGGUUUGGUGGGUCCUGAGGGGUUAGCUGGAGAGCCAGGGAGAACCGGACAUCCAGGCUCACCAGGAGUUGGAAAGCCAGGCCCACCAGGCCCUGGUGGUGCAAAGGGAGACACGGGGAGUGAAGGACCUCCAGGAAUAGAUGGAUCGUCCGGAGAUCCAGGACCGAGAGGACCAGGGGGGUUUAAAGGAGACAAGGGGGACCCAUGCGAAGUGUGCCCCGUGCUGCAUUCAGACCUGGGCAACACAUUGGCUCUGCAAGGGAAACCGGGCCCGAAGGGAGAGCCUGGAUCGACGGGGAUAGGAGAGAGGGGACUGCUUGGGCAAACGGGUGCAGAUGGCAAGGCAGGACAGAAGGGGGAAGCAGGAUCAUCUGGCAUCAAAGGAGAAAAGGGGGAGCAGUGUGCUGUGUGCCCCACUCUCGGAGAGUUACCCGCUAACCUCCUCCCCGGUGUCGAGCGCCAAUUCCUGAAGCAGACGGGUGAGAAGGGAGAGCCUGGGAUCGGACAGAAAGGAGAACAAGGGGGGCCAGGAAACGCAGGAUCACCUGGACUUGGAGGAGAGAAGGGUAGCGCAGGCAGCAGAGGAGCUGAUGGUAAGCCGGGAAAGCAGGGACCAAAGGGACCUGGUGGCAAGGAUGGACAAAAAGGCGACAAGGGAGAGCAAGGACCGCCCGGUGUUAGUCAGACUGGCCCCAAGGGCGAAAAGGGCGAGUGUGGUCUCUGUCAGCCGGCCGAGGCUGGCAGCGGACCCGCCAGCUACAAAAUGCCUGACACAAUUCGAGGCAACCCAGGUGAACCAGGCCAGCAAGGACCAGCUGGACCUCCGGGUCAGGGAGCUGACGGCAAACAGGGCCCACCAGGACUUGCUGGUGCAAAAGGAGAAAAGGGUGAAGAAGGGGAUCAAGGAGUCAAGGGACUGGACGGAUCUGCCGGAUCCCAAGGACUGCCUGGAGAGCCCGGUCAGGACGGACUGACGGGCUUGAAGGGAGAAAAGGGCGAAGCGUGUACCAGCUGUCCUCCUUUGGGCACUGACGUGGGUGGUGGUGUAUCUGUGCAAGGCCCCAAAGGAGAGAGAGGAGAUCCAGGUCCUGUUCGGGAUGGGAAGCCUGGCAAAAAUGGAAAACCAGGCUUACGCGGUGUUCCGGGGCCCGCUGGUCCCAAAGGAGGCAAGGGAGAUUCUGGAGCUGCAGGAGUUGGCCUUCAGGGACCACAAGGUGAAGAGGGGCCAAGAGGGCUUUCAGGACUUGUAGGACCUGCUGGAGCCAGAGGAUUGACUGGACCUGUUGGCCCUGCAGCAGAAAAGGGCUCCAGAGGUGAAGUCGGGCGUCAAGGACCACAGGGGCCUCCAGGCGUUGGAGUACAAGGCCCCCCGGGAAGAGAUGCAUUACCCGGGCCUCAAGGAGCUGACGGCAGACCUGGAUAUGAUGGAGCUAAGGGGGACAAGGGUGAACCUGGAGAGUGCAACUGCAUAAUGCCUUCGCACACAGCCGUCGGCGGACCUGGAGCUCCAGGAACAGCAAUAAACACAUGGCAGGCCGGGCCCCAGGGCCCACCAGGACCUCCUGGCCCCCCUGGCCCCCCUGGGCCUCAUGGGUUAAAAGGAGUACAGGGUAACCCUGGAAACGACGGGAUACAGGGGAAACCUGGUUUGCCUGGAAUCCACUUGGCUGAUUCACACCGGCUGCCUCAAGGAGAUGUAGGAGAUGGUGAUGAGCGCUGUGAAGGGAACUGUUCCCAAGGAUCUCCUGGAGUGCCAGGCACAGGUAGUUUCAAGGAAGAUACAGCUGACCAGGGUACUGGUAAGCCUGGUGUAACCCCGCUGGACAGCUGUGACAAGUGUUUGCAGCGACUGCAACGAUACCAAGCAACACAACCAUCGUACGACAGAUCGGGAACACCCGGAGUUCCAGGAAUGCCUGCAGAAGGAAUGAGAGGAGAGCCAGGUACACCAGGAGAGAGAGGCCCAGCUGGAUCGCCAGGAAUGAUGGGACCUGCUGGUUUCCAAGGUCCCCAGGGCCCACCUGGUACACCCGGACAGCCGGGUGAGUCGGGGUCAGCAGGCUUGUCAGGGAUGAAGGGCGAACAGGGCCCUCCUGGGACAUCUGGCUAUCCGGGAAGCAUGGGACCGCCUGGACUUCCUGGAAUGAAGGCCGAACGUGGGAGCCCCGGAAGCGCUGGUCAGAAAGGAGAAUCAGGUCCGCCUGGUGUACCCGGGUACCAAGGACAAGCCGGCCUACCGGGCAUCAAAGGAGACACCGGACAAGCGGGGCCGGUCGGUCCCAAAGGAGAUGCGGGUUUCCCAGGACCACCAAGCUUCCCAGGACCACCAGGUGGACCAGGUCCUGCCGGCAAAAGUGGAAGGGAAGGGCUCCCAGGCCUCAAAGGUGAAAAAGGAAAUGAUGGCGCUCACGGCUCUCAGGGAUCAUCUGGAUCUCGAGGCUCUCCAGGCUCGCCUGGACUAAUGGGCCCCCCUGGCAUUGAGGGGUUGGAUGGAAAAGAUGGGAAACCAGGGCUGCGGGGAGAGGCAGGUCCCCCAGGCCCAGUGGGACCACGAGGAAUCCCAGGAUUCAAAGGGAAAACCGGCCAUACUGGCUUCCCUGGACAGAAGGGUGAACCUGGACCUUCAGGCCCCUCUGGACCUCCAGGCAGGACAGGACAUGAUGGUGACCCUGGUACCCAAGGACCUCCGGGCCGACCUGGACCCUCCGGCCACAUUGGAUCCUCAGGUCCAGCUGGACCACCAGGACCUCCUGGUCCAUCAGGAUUGGGUAUAAAAGGAGACAAGGGCCAGGCUGGUGAGAGGGGUCUUCCAGGGAUGGGAGGAGCCCCUGGACCCCCCGGGCACCCAGGGCCUCUGGGAGAGCCAGGCAGCGAUGGUGCAGCUGGAAAAGAUGGAGCCGGAGGCCUACCAGGUGACAAUGGGCAGCCAGGUCAAAAGGGUGAAGCUGGGGCUGCGGGCCAGAGGGGUGCUCCAGGGGAGAGAGGGAGACCCGGACUCCCCGGCGGCGGAGGUUACCACGCCAAGGAUGCUCAGCCCAUGAUGGGCCCCGCUGGACCCAGAGGGGAGAGGGGAAGCCCCGGCUCAGACGGAUCCCCUGGAAAUCCUGGAUCUCCAGGGUCACCAGGAAAUGAUGCUGUAGUCAACUAUGAUGAAGUCAAGAACUUCAUCCGCCAGCAGGUCGUCAAGAUCUUCGAUGAGAGAAUGGCCUACUACCUGUCUCGCAUGCAGAUGCCAGAGUCGGUGGCAUCCCCAGGCCGGCCCGGUUCCCCAGGGAAAGACGGUACUCCAGGUAUUCCUGGGAGCCAGGGGUCACCUGGACUACCGGGUCAGCUUGGAAGACAAGGACGACCAGGAGGACAAGGCCUCCCCGGACCACGAGGACCCCAGGGAGUAAAAGGAGAUAAGGGCAUAGGAGAGAUGGGAGACAUAGGACCUCCAGGAGCUCCAGGUGUACCUGGUCCCCAAGGCUACGGUAAGAUGGGCCCCCCAGGCCCCGUCGGCCAGCAGGGUGUUCCUGGGAUCUCGGGCUCUCCUGGACAGACGGGUAAUAAAGGAAACGAUGGCCGGUGUAAUCCUGGGGACUGUAUGAGCCAUCAAGUAGAGUACAGUCCCAAGGGCCCACAGGUCAAGGGCCCAUGGUAAAUGGCUAGUAUUGGAGUAGACAGGAAGCCAAAGACUUUGAUCCAAAGUUUUUUUUAAUCUGACCACGAGGAGCUCCUUUGUUGUUGAAUGGUACAAAAAUCCACAAUCUCGUUCUGAGGGCCCCGCUGGAAUGAGGCCUGCAGGGACACACCAGCAUCAUUCUUUCUCCGUUCUUUUCAUUGCCUCUUUAUUCUCGCUAUGUUUCACACCUUUUGUACAAUUUCAAACAACCCAUGGGAGGUGACAGGAAUCAGAAUUUCUAUUUUUCUUCUCCUUGAUUAAUUCUGGCCUCUUGUGUUUCUUCGACUCUCUUUGUCUAAACGUGUAGCGGGAGAAUACACACAAUUACGGCGGCACUUUGCUCGCACCUCUCAUAUCGUUGCUCCCUGCUCACAGAAUCACACUCAGAGUUAUACUAUGCAUUUCUAAUAUUCUGUCUCAGUGCUGUGACACACAUUUGAAUUUGACUUGUAAUAGAAUUUCCCCCGAAAAGUAUUUCAAUUCUGUAGAAACUGACUCUGCAAUCAUACCCCUUUUUGAUCGGCAUGACUGUUUUGUAUAUAUUUAUAUUUAUAUAAAGUGGAUUUUUAUACUUUUUCAACAGAAAGGAAGACAAACGCAUGGCUAGCCCCUAUUUUUGUCAUUGUCAAUCUUUAUAAAGCAAUACAAAAAAGCCAAAAGGAUAUUUUUCUAACGUCAAUUGAAUAUUGUGUUCAUCAAAAGAACAUUAUUUAUAAAGAAAAAUUGCGUUUGUGUCAUUUAACUCCAUUCUUUUUUAAAUACAGCCAUUUAAAAGCAUCUCCUUGUGUAUUCCAAGUAGCUGUAAAAGCCAUCCGUCUGCUUCUACAGGUUUUUGAUUAAAGAAAUAUGAGCAAUUAUUGAGUCCGUUUACCUGAGAUACUGUAACGCAACACUGAGCACCAAGCUUUCACAAGGACAGAGAACAUAUUCUGAAAAGCAUCACACAUGUUUGUUGUAGUACGUAUACUUGUUGCUGUAUUUUGGGGUUGUCUUCUGUUUUUUAUUUUUUUAAACUGAAUUAAAUUGCUUUUCAAAAGA